AUGCAGAUCUUUGUGAAAACUCUUACGGGUAAAACCAUUACCCUCGAGGUUGAACCUAGUGAUUCCAUCGAAAAUGUAAAAACUAAAAUUCAGGAUAAGGAAGGUAAACUAUUGUCUUGUUACAACUUAAAAUUGCAGAAAAAAACAUUUGUUCGUUGUUUUCCCCUAGACUGAUAAGGAUUUACAUUUCAUGUGUAAGUUAAGCUAUUUCUUGAGCUAAUUGAGAUGACUUUCUCAAAACGUGGAAAUUUUUGUUCCUGAUCGAAUUGAGUUACUGGGAUUUUAUAUAGCCACAUUAACACAAAUCAAAGCAUUACUUUGCCGUGGUGCCAUUAAUUGUUAUGAACAAGGUGGUUUUAACAUAAAUCUGUAUUUAUGUUGAAAUCCCAAAGUUUAGUUCAAAAUGUCAGACUUGGGUUUGUUGAAGACUGAGAUCCUCAAAUAAGACACUAUUAGCACUUCUGCUUCAUUGUCUUAAAUAAUGUAAUAAUGAUGAAACCAUUGACUUUUCAGGAAUUCCCCCAGAUCAACAGCGUCUUAUAUUUGCUGGCAAGCAGCUGGAAGAUGGCAGAACACUUUCUGAUUACAACAUCCAGAAGGGUAUGUCUGCCUAUUCAGUGACCAGUCAUUUUGCGGUAAAAAUGUCUUAUGUCGUUUUGCUUAAGAAGUGAAACGAGCACUACGCAUGUGUCCACCUUUUUUUCUCAGCCCUGAUACAAAAAAGUGUGAUUUGCACGGAUAUACACUCAGUCUUCAGUCACUGAUCAGGCGAAAGUAUUUAGGGAACUGACCCAACAGCAAAGUAACUUACAGUAUGUUGUAAGACGUAGGCAAACAGGAUCGAUGUUGGUGAAACAACUGUUACUGGUAACCUCCUAUUCAUAUCUGUUUGCCUAUGUUCGUUUACCAGUCAAUUCUUCCUGAAAAACACCUCUGUAAGGUCAUACCACCCUUUGAGUAGUGUUGGGAAUCAGCUGAGAUUUCAUUAUCAAUCAUUGGCAACAAUCAGGUUGACCUAACUGAUUGAUUAUCAAUUAUAAUUGGAAAAUCUCUCCAUAAGAAUUCCAUUUAUUUUCCAGCAGUAUGGCAGUCAAAGUAACACAGUCUUUUGAUAUUUUUUGACUGUAUACCACUUUUAUUAAUUACCCUCAUUUUGUGCCCUGUAUUUGAACACAACAAAAACAUAAAAAAGGAUCAUCAGAUUACAGCUGCAUAAUUAUUCCAUGAUAAUUAAUUUAACAUCAUCCAUAUUCAAUUAGGGUAUCACAUUUCUUAAGGUUUUCAAUCAGUGUUCAAUUAGAAUGAUUAUAAUAUUAUUGCUGAUGGACACAGCAACAAUGAAGAAUGUCUUAAGGUGGUGUUAAAGUAGUAGUACUUUUCUGUCAACAGAGUCAACUCUUCACCUUGUGUUGAGGCUGCGUGGUGGAGUUAUUGAACCCAGUUUGCGUAUUUUGGCUCAAAAGUACAACUGUGACAAGAUGAUCUGCCGAAAGUAUGUGUUUGAGUUUAAUGUUACUUAGAAACUUGUAAAACCGUGAACACCAAAAUUACAUCUGCAAUGUUGUAUUUCAAAGAGUCUUGAUUAGUAACAAUAAAACUAGCCUGUAAGGGGCAAGAGUAAUCGGUCUGUGGUUGGUGCAGUUCUUUGGUGGUCAUCUACAUGGGCCGUGCCCGAUCAUGAAAUUUUUCAAGUGUUCACUCAGUUUUCUGCGUUUGACAGUGAAAUGGCUCUUUUGUCGUUUUUCACAUAAAUGGCAAAAAAUUACUUAACAAUAGAAUAUUAGCCACUUCACUAAAAAUUUUUGUUACACUUUUACCAGGUGUUAUGCCCGUCUUCACCCUCGUGCAGUCAACUGUCGCAAGAAGAAGUGUGGACACUGCAAUAACUUGAGGCCCAAGAAGAAGCUUAAAGGCUAACUCUUCCAUCCAGUUUCUCUGCCAUGGAAUUGUGAUGAUGUUCAUUAAUACUUGGCAAUAAAUAAAUACUUAUAAAACUUGAUAAUUUGACUGAGGACUUUAUCUUUGCACAUUUUUCCAACCCUUUGUCAUUUACCAUAAAACUCCUUGCCAUAACACAAUCCUUUGCAAAUNGUUGGUGCAGUUCUUUGGUGGUCAUCUACAUGGGCCGUGCCCGAUCAUGAAAUUUUUCAAGUGUUCACUCAGUUUUCUGCGUUUGACAGUGAAAUGGCUCUUUUGUCGUUUUUCACAUAAAUGGCAAAAAAUUACUUAACAAUAGAAUAUUAGCCACUUCACUAAAAAUUUUUGUUACACUUUUACCAGGUGUUAUGCCCGUCUUCACCCUCGUGCAGUCAACUGUCGCAAGAAGAAGUGUGGACACUGCAAUAACUUGAGGCCCAAGAAGAAGCUUAAAGGCUAA